AUGGCGAAGAGCAGACAACAGUCAACCCGUUCGCGUGCGGCACGCCGUGCAGCUUCACCCAGUCUCGACUUGGAUAAGUCUGUAACCUCGCUGCCUCGUGCGGAAUCUCCUGCUGCUCAGCGGGCCUCCGUUCUGACCGAUCGUCGCAAUUCGGGAAUCCAGAAAAAGAAUAAGAAUGACAAGAAACUCUCAAAGGCUCAGCGAUUAAGGCAACAGAAGGGCAUGGACCGUGCGGAGGCAGUCCUAGACCAGAUGGAGAUUAAGAAGGCUAAGAGUAUGGCCCGCGGAAGGGCUGUCAAUACUAGAAGGGCUGAUUGGGAGGAUACCAACCGCACCGCUUCUGCAUUCGCCGCUCUCCAACAAGGAGAGAACGAUGAUGAUGAUGAGGACGAGGCCGAAGAUGGCGAUGAAGCUAUGGCUGAGGAUACCGCACCACCCGCCAAGGCUGUUGCUAGUACAAAUGUCUUCCAGAUGACAGAGGAAGCCUCCGCACCCGCCACAGACGACUUUGACGAGAUUACCUGA